AUGGCGUUGAAGGGGUGGAUUGAGGGGGACGAGAGUGCGGAUGAAAUGUUAUCUCGCCUUCUAACUGAAGGCUCACCCUUCUUUUUUCUUCCUCCGCUUCACCGGCUUCCUCUCCGAGUCGGCAAUGUUCUUGAGCUCGUUGGCCCCUCUACAUCUGCCAAAACCCAAAUCCUUAUUCAGGCUGCAAUCAGUUGCAUUCUUCCUAAAGAGUGGAAUGGGGUGCACUAUGGUGGAUUGGGGCGUUUGGUGACGUUCCUCGACUUGGAUUGUCGUUUCGACGUUUCAUGCCUCGCACAAUUGCUAAAGCAUCGGAUCAUGGAAGCUAAUGGAUUGAGCAGUAAAGAGCAUCGGGAGCAACAACUUGGUGACUUAUCGAACUGCGAUGCAAAAAGGCAACCUAAUAUGUUUUAUGAUGAGGAACUAUUUGCAGUGUGCAUGAGACGGUUCUUAUAUGUUCGUUGUUACGAAAGCUUUGAAUUUCUAACCACUCUUAAGAUAUUUUUUAAGUUGGCUCUUGAGACUUUUGUUCUCUUAAAGUCCCAAACUGUCAUGGCAAUGAAGUUACUAAUAGCUAGAGCGAUAAUUGAAACUGAAGAAGUAUUACAAACUGAUAAAAACUCGAGCAUCAAGGGUCUUGAAAUGCAGAUAAAAAUCCAGUACUUGAAAUAG